ACUUGAUGUCCUAUCUUCUAGAAGAUAGGGUUGGUUGCUUUAAGAAUGCAGUCUUCUGCAACCUCUUGCCAUUGGCCUUAUCUGAAACUGACAGAUCGGGAGAGUAGCCAAUUGUUUGUCCCUCCUUGCUUUACCGGGACAUUGAUAUACAACUGUACCAUUCUGCAGAGGCUGCCUGGCUGGCACAUGUGAUGGAGCAGUGCAACCAGAGCUCUGUGGCUGAGUUCAUCCUCCUGGGACUGGCAGAGGGGGCCAUGACUGAAACCAUGCUUUUUGUUCUCUUCUUGGCCACAUACUUAGUUACCUUAGUAGGCAAUUGCACAAUGGUGAUGUUAAUUGGGGUUGAACAUCGCCUACACACCCCGAUGUAUUUCUUCCUCCUCCAUUUGUCUCUGCUGGACCUUUGCUAUUCCUCAGUUACCAUCCCACAAAUGUUGGCGCAUCUCCUCUCUAGGCAUAAAGCCAUAUCCUUUGGCCGAUGUGCCUUCCAGAUGUACAUCUUCCUGGUGUUUGGUAUGGCAGAAUGCGUGCUGUUGGGUCUCAUGGCCUAUGACCGCUACGUGGCAAUUUGCCACCCGUUACACUAUACCACCAUCAUGAACUGGCACUUCUGUAGCUGGACUGCAGGAGCUGCCUGGCUGAGUGGCUUCCUCAAUUCUCUCAUUGUCAAUGCUUUUGCUCUGCGCCUGCCAUACUGUACCCAAAAUCGCAUCAAUCAGUUCUUCUGUGAGGUACCGGCUGUGAUCAAGCUGGCAUCUGCUGACACGUCAGAGGCGGAGGUAGUUGUGUUUGUCUUUGGCUCCAUUCUGCUGCUUCUGCCUUUUGUCCUCAUCGCUGCCUCCUAUGGCCGCAUUGGGAUUGCCAUCUUGCGCAUUCACUCAGCUGAGGGCCGACGCCGAGCUGCCUCGACCUGUGGUUCGCAUCUCCUGGUGGUGAGCCUUUUCUAUGGCACAGCACUCUUUGCCUACAUGAGACCCAGCUCUGUCAGUUCUGCCACAGGCCAGGAUAAGGCUGUGUCUGUGUUCUACACAGUGGUCACCCCCAUGAUGAAUCCCCUCAUCUACAGCCUUAGAAACAAGGAGGUGAAGGGUGCUCUGAGAAAAUUAUUAAGCAAGAAAACAACCUCUCCGAAGACGUGAUUCUGGUGCUGUCUUCAGCUCUGUUCAGAAACGGAUGCUGAGAAUAAGCAUCAUAUCUGUAGUGAGCCAAGAAAACAGAACAUUUGAUGGGUAAAGGAAAGGAUUUUUGAAAGUUCUUAUAAAGAUUCCUCUUUAGCCUUUUAUACAUAUUUAGAAAUCCAGAUCAAGCAUUAUCGGAUCUCUACAGAGGCUUACUAGUCAGUUUAUUAGUACUGUAUUUACUGGAAAGAAAGACUAGAUUUUCUUCCUUCCCAGAAAAGUUAUCUACAAAAUGAGAGAAUCCCCUUAGAUCUGCUGAGAAAAGGGCACCAGCAGAAGCAGAUGAAUUUUCCGUAUCUAAAUUUCCCUUUUCAAGGGGGGGUUCAAGACGGGUUUCCACUUGGCUAAAUAUAAUAUUUUCUUCUUAUUCAAUUCUUCCCUGUGGCCUUUGUGAAACUAUUAGUCCUGUUUCAAUAAUACCUGCGUAUAAUACAAGCCUGCACAUUCAGUGCGUUAAGGAGCUUUUACCCAAUUUAUAUUAUGCUUUCUGUAACUGAGGAGAGUGAGAAUGUCCUUUGAGUAAGUUACAAUUAGCUGAAGAUCUAUGUCCUAGAGAAAACCAAAGAACUAAACCAUUAGAGUUCUUACCUACACAUAUCAGCUUAUGUGCUGAUUUCUCCGAACCAGAUUAGAUUUAGGAUCAGCUUUUGCUUGAGUAAGAGAACCAAUAAGAGGUUAGAGAAGGAGAUGAGUGCUUCUUUAGCAGGAUUCUUGAAGCUUGGGCCCUAUUAAAGACCUGAUCUCAGAGGAAAGAGGAGGGAGAAAAUCAUUGGUAACAUCCAUUCAGGCUAGUCUGUGCAAGUCUUCUUUUCCUCAACCAAAUGUAGAGACAUAUAUUCUACCUCAGCUUUAACUUACCAUUGAGUCUCCUAUAGGUGAAAUAGUAAAGAAUAACAUAUUGUGUGAUAUUGUAAUACCGUUUUUAAUACAUGUUUUCUGUUAUUGAUUCACAACUCAGAAAAAAACAUGCAAAAAUGUUUUAAUUCCUUCUUUUUAGAACCUGUAAGGUAUAGUAAA